UUUUCCCAGUAGUGCAUAUUAAUUGUGUGGCUAUUUCUAGUUUUGUGUAUUUUUUUGAUUAUUUAUUAAAAUUAUCCAGUUAAAAUGUUAAAAAAACCAAAGAACAAACAAAAAACUGUUGCGGAAAAGGUAGCUCAAACCCUUUUGCAUCCCAAUGAAAGUGGUAGUGACAGUGAUUCAGCCGAUGAAGCAACUGCGCCCCGCAUUGCAGAAUACAACGACGAGGAUUAUGAAUUGCCACAAGCUGGCACAACGGAAUUUAGGAAACGUAAUGUUAAAUUGUUGUCAGAACAAAGUACCAAAUAUAAAGGGAAAAUUGCCUCUAGAAAAGAUUUUGAAAGUGAGGAGGAGGAUGAAGAAGAUGAUGAAGAGGAGGACGAGCAAGAUUAUGAAAACUCAGACUCUUCAGAGAAUGAAGAAGCUAUAACAGCUUUUAGUAGUGCUUUAAAAAAGAAGCAGAUCAAAAAUGAGUCCAAUGAAGAAGGCAGUGACUCUGAAGAGGAUGUUGAAGAUGGAGAUGAUCAAGAACAAGAUUCUGAGGAAGAAGAUGAGGAGCAAGAAUCUGAAGAUGAUGAUGAGGAGGAGGAUGAUGAUAGUGAAAAUGAUGACGAAGACACAGAAGUAAUAAGUAAAGUUAAUCAUGAAGCUGAAAUUCAAAAAGGUUUGUGUGUUCAAAGUCAGUUGCGUAUUUGGGAACGUUUAUUAGAAUUGCGCAUAAAUUUACAAAAAAUUGUAAAUAAAACCAACCAAUUGCCUGCAGCCCAAGAAUUAAAGGAAUUAGAACGUAAUAACAAUAAAUACAAGGACUUGCAACAAACCACAAGCAAACAAACUUGCCUCUUAUUACAAAAUCUUUUGUCACUAAAAAAUAAUCUCUGCACACAGUUCUCCGAAGUGGACAAGGCCAUGAAACCUUGCCUGAAAAGACCUUUGCCGUUUAAGGAUUACAACUCGGGAGAACCUCCAUUGAAACAAGUCGGUUUGUAUUUAGAAGAAGGCUUUGAAAAGUUUCGUCCCUACCGCAAUGAAGUUUUACUCAAAUGGGAUGAUCGCACGAAACUUUUGCAACCCGGUGCUGGCAGCAAAAAGAAAUCGUUUAAUGAGGAAUAUGACAUUAUCAAGAAAAUUGAUAAUGCUUUAAUAAAUAAAUCACAACUAAAAGAAAAGUCGCAACAGCUUAAAUCUGCUGCUCAAAAUGACACGGCAGAGGAAAAUAUACGUAAUCCUAAUAUUUACGAUGAUAGUGAUUUCUACCACCAACAAUUAAGAGAAUUGAUAGAAUACAAGGCAAAUACCACCAGUAAUAUGAGUGAAGUGACAAAACAGUUUUUGGAAUUGCAAAAACUGAGACAGAAAAUGAAAAAGAAAGUAGACACUAGAGCUAGUAAGGGCAGGAAAUUACGUUACAUUGUGCACAACAAAUUGAUUAACUUUAUGGCUCCCCAUGACAAUUCCUCGUGGACAAUGGAAUCCAUAGAUGAAUUAAGUAAGUCCUUAUUCGUGUAAUUAGCUAACAGAUGAAAAGCAGAAGAAAAAAAACAGCAAUAAAUCUAAAAAAAAAGUUUUGUAUUAAUAUAUUUUAAUAUUUAAUAAUAAUUCGUUUUAUUUUUCAAACUAAACAAAAGAAAAUUAAAAAGUAGUACAAUAAAAAAAGUUUCUUUA